AUGGAUGGUUUUUACUCCUCCGCAGAGGGAGGAGGGCAGGAUAUGAUCAAUGACACCAGCAGUAGGAAGAGCUGGGCAGGAGAAAGCAAUGCCACGUUGUCCUUCCGUGUGGUGACAGCUGCCUUACUUUUCCUUCUCAUCCUCUCCACUCUCCUGGGCAACACCCUGGUGUGUGUGGCUGUGGUCAAGUUCAGACACUUGCGCUCCAAGGUCACCAAUUUCUUUGUUGUCUCGUUGGCAGUGUCCGACCUCUUUGUGGCUGUACUGGUGAUGCCCUGGAAGGCUGCCACUGAGGUGGUGGGGUUCUGGCCCUUUGGGGCUUUCUGUGACAUUUGGGUGGCUUUUGAUAUCAUGUGCUCCACAGCCUCUAUCCUCAAUUUGUGCAUCAUCAGCGUGGACCGUUACUGGGCCAUUUCCAACCCCUUCCGCUACGAGAGGAGGAUGACACAGCUUGUGGCUUUCAUCAUGAUCGGGGUGGCUUGGCUACUGUCCCUCUUGAUCUCUUUUGUCCCCGUGCAGCUGAAGUGGCACAAGGAUCACGAGCUCCUUAACCAACGGGAGCUUAGUUUUAACGACACCAAGGAGAAGGAGAACUGUGAUUCCAGCCUCAACAGAACUUACGCCAUCUCGUCUUCUCUCAUUAGCUUCUACAUCCCUGUUGCCAUCAUGAUUGUGACCUACACCCGCAUCUUCCGCAUUGCCCGGCGGCAGAUCCGCAGGAUCUGCUCCUUGGAGAGGGCAGUGGAACAUGCCCCGAACUGCCCCAGCAGCGACUGCCCUCACGAGGCCUCCCUGAAGAACUCCUUCAAGAAAGAGACCAAGGUCCUCAAGACUCUGUCCAUCAUCAUGGGUGUCUUUGUCUUCUGCUGGCUGCCCUUCUUCGUGCUCAACUGCCUGGUGCCCUUCUGUAAUCUUGACCUGCGGGAGCCGGGAGAGCUACCUUGCGUCAGCGAGACCACCUUCAACAUCUUUGUCUGGUUCGGGUGGGCCAACUCAUCCCUCAAUCCUAUUAUCUACGCCUUCAACGCAGAUUUCCGGAGAGCUUUUGCGACCAUCUUGGCCUGUGACUGCCUUUGCCCUAGCAACAGGGUGGAGACGGUGAAUUUCAGCAACGAGCUGGUCUCCUACCACCAUGACACCACGUACCAGAAGGAAGUGGUGACCCUCAGCUACCCCCAGCUUCUCCCCAAUGCUGCUCUGCAGGUCGAAAGCAACGAGGUGUCCCUUGACAAGGUUUCUCAGGUCUCCGAGCCCUCUCCCAGCACCUGCCCUGCGGACGCCUUGCCUGUGCUGAUGCACGUGGAGUGCAACAUGGCCAUCUCGCUGGAGAAGGUCACCCCUUUCCCCAGCAAUCCGUUCCACUGA